AUUUCUAAUUUUGUUGCAAUUUUAUUUCGUUUUUAGUCGCAUAAAAAAUCACUUUGCAGUUUACUUUAUACUGAUCGGCGGUGACUUUAUUGUUUUUUUUAACUUCUAACAAUGCUUCACCAAGCUAACUUUACCGAUUUGCCUGACCACAUUAUCCUUGAAAUAUUUAUGUAUCUUAACGUAAAGGAACUUCUGCGGUUAGUAAGAGUAUGCAAACGAUUGGAACGUUUAAUUCCUGACAAAUGGCUUUGGAAAAACGUUCAAUUUUCGCCACGGCCAAUCCAGAAAACCAAGCUUCGAAGCAUUGUUACAAAAUAUUUCACCAACUCAACUGCAGCAGUGGACAUAUGUGGAAAAUGGAAAAAUAAGAACACAACAUAUGCAAUUUCAAAUCAUAUUCUUAAGACAAUUGCAGUAAAAAGCCCCAAACUUUCUACUUUCAAGAUUGAAGAUGAGAAUUUGAACAGCAUCUCCUUAGAGUUGCUUCCAUCUUCCAUCCAACACCUUUCCUUUACUCGAUGUGAAAUACCACUGUCCUGUUUAAAAUCAUGCGUGGAAAAGUUUAAACACCUGAAAUCGCUAUCUUUUCGACGGUGCCCGUGCUUAACAGACACUCAUUUAAGUUGUUUUGGAAACCUUCCUAAACUAGAAAAACUUGAGAUAGUUGAGAGUUAUCGAAUUGAUAACGACGCAGUUCGAGUAAUCGGUCGGUCCUUCCCAAACCUUCGCAACCUAACUCUCGUUGGAUGCGCGAGAUGCGGGGACUUGUGUUGUGGCAACAUCGUUGAAAAGCUUCCUCUCCUCCAGUCUUUAGAGAUUGAGGAAUGGACAGAACUUUCCAUGCGUGGAGUUAACAUGCUUACUAAUAACUUGGAAAAUUUGAAAUUCCUCAGCGUAAAAUGCACACAAAUCAAUAAAGGCAAUAUUGUCAUCCGUGGAUCCAGAGUUGGUUUAUGAUCCACUUUCAAGAAUUCUUUUUUCUUUCUAACUAUUUUCGUCACCUUUUCUUCUUGAUCGUAAAAAUAAAGAAAUUUUAUUUUA